AUGGAUCUCCUCACCGGCCUUGGUUGUGCCUGUGCCGGGCUGGUGGCGGCGGCACUGCUGGUGUUGGCCCAUCGCUUGGGGCUCCUCUACCAGCUCUACCAUAAGGUGGAUCCCCAAAGUCCCCGGCACGGCGGUGAGUUGGUGGCUGAGGUGCUGAAGGCACACGGCGUCCGCUUCCUCUUCACCCUGGCUGGUGGCCACAUCUCACCCAUCUUGGUGGCCAGCGAGAAGGUUGGCAUCCGCGUGGUGGACACCCGGCAUGAGGCCACCGCCGUCUUUGCUGCUGAUGCUGUCUCCAGGCUCUCAGGUCGCAUUGGUGUCGCCACCGUCACUGCUGGUCCCGGUGUCACCAACACGGUGACAGCCGUCAAGAACGCCCAGAUGGCCGAGUCCCCGCUGCUGCUCAUCGGUGGAGCAGCCGCCACGCUGCAGAAGGGUCGAGGAGCUCUGCAGGACAUCGACCAGCUCUCGCUCUUCAAAACCCUCUGCAAAUCUUGUGUCUCGGUCCGCGCCGUCCGCGACAUCGUCCCUGCGCUCCGCAAAGCCAUCGUCACUGCGCAGUCGGGGACACCCGGACCUGUCUUCGUGGAGCUCCCCAUCGAUGUUCUCUACCCAUUCCGGGUGGUGGAGAAGGAGAUUGGUGGCACCAAGAGCGCUCGGGGACUGCGGGGAAGGGUGGUCCAGUGGUACCUCCAAAACUACAUCCGUAACCUCUUUGCGGGUGCCUGGGAGCCAUGGGAUGUGUCACCGUUGCCCGUUCAGGUGCCACUGGCCACCGAGGAUGAGGUGCAGUGCUGCACAGAACUGGUGAGCCGGGCCAAGAAGCCACUGGUGCUGGUGGGCAGCCAGGCCAUGCUGCCACCCACGCCAGCCGAGGAGCUGCGGACGGCGCUGGAGUCCCUGGGCAUCCCCUGUUACCUGGGGGGAGCAGCACGGGGGCUUCUCCCUCCCGACAGCCCCCUCCUCCUGCGCCAGAACCGCCGCGACGCCCUGCGCGAUGCUGACCUGGUGCUGCUGGCAGGGACGGGAUGGCGGUGGGUGGGUGCCGUCUGUGAUUUCCGUCUCUCCUACGGGCGUCUUUUUGGCCGUGGCGCUGCCAUCGUGGCCAUCAACCGGAAUCGGGAGCAACUUCUCCGUAAUUCUGAUGUUUUCUGGAAACCUCGGCUUGCCGUGCAAGGUGACGCCGCCUCCUUUGUGGGGCGGUUGGCACGGAGCUUGCGGGGCUGCGGCUGCCCCAAGGACUGGCUGGAGCAGCUGCGGGAUGCCGAGCGGAGGAAGGAGCAGGAGAACCGGGAGAAGGCAGCAACUCCCACCCCCCAACACCUGAACCCCCUGGAUCUCCUCCACCGCCUGGACGCGCUUCUGCCCCCCGAAAGCCUCCUCAUAGCUGAUGGCGGGGACUUUGUGGGCACUGCCGCCUACAUCGUCCAUCCCCGACGUCCCCUCGCCUGGCUGGACCCCGGAGCUUUUGGCACGUUGGGAGUUGGCGGAGGGUUCGCGCUCGGUGCCAAGCUAUGCCGUCCUGACACGGAGGUUUGGGUUCUCUACGGUGAUGGCUCGUUGGGUUACAGCUUGAUGGAGUUUGACACUUUUGUGCGACACAAGACGCCUGUCAUUGCGCUGGUGGGCAACGACGCAUGCUGGAGCCAGAUUGCCCGGGAGCAAGUUGCUUUGCUGGGCAGCAACGUGGCAUGUGGCCUCGAGUACCUAG